GGGACUUGGCCUCGCGUUGCACCAAUGGCAUUGCAUCUUCGUUUGUGCCACAGACAGACCAGCAGCAAGCAUGGUCGACGCCACGACGCCCCUCUACGUCUUCUACGGGUCGCAGACCGGCUGCGCCGAGUCCAUCGCCGAGCGCCUGCAAAGCGACGCGAUCGAGCGCAACGUGCCCUGCCACGAGGUUCGCCCCCUCGAUGCCUUUGAAAAGUCGGGCGUGCUGCAGGACGCGGCGGCGACGGUCGUUAUCGUAUGCUCCACGACGGGCAACGGCGACCCGCCUGGCAAUGCGGAGAAGUUCUGGCGCUACAUCAAGAAGCGUGCGCACCCAGCCACGCUCCUCUCAACCAUUACCUUUACCGUGCUUGGUCUCGGCGACACCAACUACGACAAGUUCUGUCACAUGGGCAAGAGCAUCUUCCGCCGCAUGAAGGAUCUUGGCGCCGUCAGCUUUUACGACCUCGGCUGUGCGGACGAGGCGAUGGGUCUCGAAGAUUCCGUCGAGCCGUGGAUCGAUGGGUUCUGGCCGGCGCUUCUCGGCGCUUCGUCGACGGCGACCGUGACGCCGGUUGUCGACAACACGACGGUCGUGGCGGCCAUCACGCAAAGCAUGGCGGCCGUUUCGGUCGCGCCCGCAGUGUUGCCGUCGCAGCCGUUCUUGGCGUCGUUCGAGAGCCUCUUGGGCGACACCAUUGUCGAACCCGACGCCACCAAGCUGCCGCGGUUGCAAGAACCGUCGUUCUCUGUCUCGUUGCUUGCGCCCUCGGACGCGAUUGCCAAGACGGUGGCCCAGGUCGCGACGGACACGCUGUACAGCGCGUCGAGUCCGUUUCUCGCUGGCAUCGCGUCAUCGCGGUACCUCACGACCCCGGCGUCCAUCGAUCGCACGGUCUUUGCCCUCGACCUCGACCUCACCGACUCGGGGAUGACGUAUGCACCGGGUGACGUGCUCGGUGUCAACUGCCCCAACGACGACGGGCUCGUCGAGUUCUUUCUGCAGCGCUUGCAGCUUGCAUCGUUUGCCGGCCACCGCCUCCAGCUCGAGCCGAUCGCUUCGAGCAAGAAGAAGGUGUCGGGCAUGCCGUUCCCGGCCCACGCGACCUUGCGCGACGUCGUCCGCGACCACUUGGAUUUGGCCGCGCUUCCCAAGAAGGCGACGCUUCGCACCCUCGCGCCGCACUGUGCCGACGCCAAGGAGCGCACGCGUCUGCUCUGGCUGAGCAGCAAGGACGGCGCGCAGGACUUUAAAACGUUUAUUGACGCCCAGUACCUCAGUGUCCUCGAAGUGCUCGCGCUCUUCCCGUCGUGCCACCCGCCGCUGCCCGUGCUGCUCUCGGUCCUUCCCCGCCUCUCGCCGCGCUACUACUCGAUCGCGUCGUCGCCACUGGCGUCGCCUCUGCGCGCGACCAUUGCGCUCACGCGCGUCGCCUACACGCAGCACGGCAUUCCGCGGACGGGUCUCUGCUCCACGUGGCUGCAUGACGUGGCGUUCUCCGGUGCGAGAACGCGCAUCCCGAUCUUUCUCAAGCCCGCGACCGACUUUGUCUUGCCGGACGACGCUUCGCGCCCGCUCGUGCUCAUCGGUCCCGGCACCGGUGUCGCGCCGUUCGUGGGGUUUGUGCAGCACCGGUCGCUUCAGGCGGCCCCGACACCGAUCCACCUCUUCUUUGGCUGUCGCAGCAAGACCCAGGACUUUCUCUUUGGCGACAAGCUCCAGCAAUACGCCGAGAGCGGUGUCUUGACGACCCUGGCGCUAGCGUUCUCGCGCGACCAGGCGGAGAAGCACUAUGUGCAACACGAGCUCGCUGUGCAUGGCGCGACCGUCUAUGACGCGCUCGCCAACGCCAACGGCAUCGUGUACGUCUGCGGCGAUGGCAUGCACAUGGCCAAGGACGUGCACGACGCGCUUGUCUCGGUCUUUGAAACGCACGGGGCACUCUCGCGGGUCGACGCCGAAGCGCAGCUCAAGCAACUCGCACUCGACGCCCGCUACGUGCGCGACAUUUGGUGCUAAACCUCUGUUAAUGGAGAGAAUAUUGUCCUUUCUGUGCACAACAUGUCUUGAAGACGAUGUGGGUCACU